CUAAAGUAUUCUUAAUUUUAUGAGGUUUUUUUGUUGGCAGCAGCGUAACUUUCCACUAGCAGAAUCUUGAAAUUUCGAUCUGUUAUUAUUGGAGAUUUUCGAUAUUUAUGUUUAUUUUGAAUUUAAUAUAAUAAAUACAUCUAGUAAACAGAACGUAAGUAGGCUAGCUGAAUUUAAAGAUUGUGUUUUUAUAACCAAAAGUUGCACAUAAACUAUUUAUCAUGAGUGAUGAAGAUAAGUUUGACGGCAUUUUGCUGGCUAUGGCACAACAGCAUGAAGGUGGUGUGCCUCAAUUAUUGGAAACCAUUUUCAGUUUUUUACUCCGAAAAACAGAUUUCUUCACUGGUGGUGCACCAGGUGCUUGUAGAAAAAUGCUUUUAGAAAAAUUUUCAAAAUUUGAAAGUAUGGCUUUAGAGGAAUCUAGGAAAAAAGAAGCAGAGAAAGAAGAAGCCGAAAGGAAAAGGAAAGAGCGCCUCACUCGCAAAAAGGAAGAGGAAGAAAAAAUGCAAGUGGAUGACAAUCGAGUGACAGAGUUAACAGACGAAGAAGCAGAAAAACUACAAAAAGAAAUGGAUGAAAAAAAAGCAAAAGCUCUUGCUAAGAAUUCUGAAGUUGUAGAAAAUGGUGAAAAAGAAAAUUCCUCUGACAAUAAGGCCUCAGAUGAUGAAGAGGAUGAAGCAGACAAAGGAAAAGUCAAACCUAAUGCUGGAAAUGGGUGUGAUUUACCGAAUUAUAGAUGGGUACAGACUCUCUCUGAAGUAGAGUUGAAAGUUCCUGUACCUGCCAACUUCAAGAUUAAAGCAAGAGAUGUAGUUGUUGAUAUUGCAAAAAAACACCUAAAAGUUGGACUUAAAGGUCAUCCUCCUAUAAUCGAUGGGGAGUUAUUUAAUAACAUAAAAGUAGAAGAGUGUUGCUGGAUUAUGGAAGAUAGUAAGACUAUUGCAAUUACCUUAGAAAAAAUCAAUAAAAUGGAAUGGUGGAAUAAACUAGUUUUAACUGAUCCUGAAAUCAACACCAAGAAAGUUAAUCCUGAACCAUCUAAGCUGUCAGAUUUAGAUUUAGAGACAAGAGGGAUGGUUGAAAAAAUGAUGUAUGAUCAAAGGCAAAAGGAAAUGGGAUUACCUACUUCCGAAGAACAGAAAAAACAGGAUGUUCUUAAAAAGUUUAUGGAAGCUCAUCCGGAAAUGGACUUUUCAAAAUGCAAGUUCUCGUGAUUAAAGCUUGUUUAUAUAUUUGCAUUCAAUUUUUGUACAGUUAGUUGGAACUUCAAGUUUUCACAAAAUUGUGAUUUAUGUAAUGUAGUCAACAAGAAUGUUAGUCAUAAUUCUAUGCACAUAUGUUUUCUUUUUGAUAAAUAAACUGAUGCAACAGUA